AUGUCCAUUUUUACAAACUUUAUUGAACAAAUCAAGGAAGUCUUUGACGGAUCCUCUGACAAGAAGCCUGAGGAGCAAGAUGAUGAUUUCAUCGAGCAACAGUUGGCUAACGAGAAGCAUCGCUAUGAUUCAUUUGCUGCUGUUAGACACGACGCUCAAGUCAAGUUCUUUAUUGACGGUCAAAACUACUGCUGGGCUGUGUCUGAGGCCAUUGAAAACGCCAAGGAGUGUAUCUAUAUUGAAGAUUGGUGGUUGACCCCUGAGUUGUAUAUGCGUCGCCCUCCUUCCAAAUACCCCGAGUACCGCCUUGACACCUUGCUCAAGAGAAAGGCUGAUCAGGGCGUCAAGAUUUAUGUCGUUGUAUACAAGGAAGUUGAAAUGGCAUUAACUCUGGAUAGUCGUCAUACAAAGGACACUCUUCAAGCCUUAAGUGAGAACAUCAUAGUUUUGAGACAUCCUGAUCAUGAUCUUGGCGGUACCUUUUUCUGGUCUCACCACGAAAAGUUUGUUGUUGUUGACAACGAGUUGGCUUUCCUGGGCGGUAUUGAUUUGUGCUUUGGUCGUUGGGAUACUCAUGGUCAUCCUUUGGCCGACUUUAGCGGAAGGGACCCCGAGAGUGAGCUGUUCCCAGGCCAAGACUACAGUGAUGCCCGUGUCAGAGAUUUUGAGCAUGUCAAAGAAUGGGACAUGCGUCUGAUCGAUAAGACGGUUAUUCCUAGAAUGCCAUGGCACGACAUGUCUUUAUGUGUUAAAGGUGCGCCCGUCCUCGAUGUGGCUCGUCAUUUCUGUGAGCGUUGGAACUUUAUCAAGCAUGAUAAGGCCAUGAACAAGGACAAUAUUCCAUUUUUGCAACCCCCUCUUGGCGGUAUGGGCCAACAACAACGCUAUAUCGAGGAGAAUCCUGAAGAACACCACUUCCAGAGACAACGUCAUAGACACAGAACGCACGGUGUUACAGGUACCAUGAGAGCCCAAGUCCUCAGAAGUAGUGCCAAAUGGAGUUCUGGUAUUGAGCUUGAGCAUUCCAUUCAAAAUGCCUAUAUUGCUACCAUCUUGAGUGCUGAUCACUAUGUUUAUAUUGAAAAUCAAUUCUUUAUUAGUGCAACAGAUAAUAAGGAAAACAACAUCAUCAAGAAUCAAAUCGGCAAUGCUAUUGUGAAGCGUAUCAUUCGUGCUCACGAAGAGCAAGAGAAAUUCAAGGUCUUUGUCCUGAUGCCUCUCAUGCCUGCUUUCCCUGCUGAUCUCAGUACCAAGGAUGCUGCUACCGCAAGAUUGGUUAUGCACUACCAAUACAUUUCCAUUUGUCGCGGUAAUGACAGUAUUGUCGAGAGACUCAAGGCCACUGGCAUUGAUCCUGAUCAAUACAUUCGCUUCUAUAGUUUAAGAAGCUAUGACCGUAUCAACCGUGGCAAGCUUGAAGAGCUUUUGGUUCAACAAGCUGGCUACUCCAACAGCACUGAUCAACAACUCCAUCAUGCUGGUGGCCAAGAAGGUGAACUUGCUGGUAUCGUGCGUCAUGCAGGUGAUCAAGACUUUGCCAGAGGCACUCGUGGUGAAUUCAAUGUGGAAGAAGAAGUUGAGUAUGGUCGUGUUCCUGACGAUGAAGAAGUUGAACGUCACCGUGAGCGUUUCAAUGAAGAUGGAGAGGAGAAUUAUGGUGGCAAUCGCUAUGGUGGUGAUGGCGAUUAUGAAGAAGGCAUCGCUGCUGAUUCUAUUGCUAAGGAUGCCAUGUUGGAUGGCGAUAUCGAAAGUGAGCCUUGGGUCAAUGACACCAAGGAGGAGCAACCCCGUGAUGCUGAAGCUGAAGCCGAAGAAUCCAGCGACUAUGUUACUGAAGAGCUUUAUAUUCACGCCAAGCUUUUGAUUGCUGAUGACAAGGUUGUCAUUAUGGGUUCCUCCAACUUGAAUGAUCGUUCUCAAUGUGGUGAUCGUGAUUCUGAGAUUGCAUUGAUUGUUGAAGACAAAGACACCAUCCCAUCUCAAAUGAAUGGCAAAUAUUAUGAAGCGAGUCGUUUCGCUGCUACUUUGAGACGUAAUUUGUGGAAGGAGCAUUUGGGUCUUUUACCUCAUACUGAGCCAGAUCAAGUGACUAAUGACAUGUUACCUUUGCCUGUUCCUCAAGUUGAUGAUACCUCCAGUGAAGAAGAUACCUUGGUCAUGGAUCCCCUUGAUGACGAAACCCUUGAAAGAUGGAACUUUACUGCAAAGACGAACACUGAAGCUUUCCGUGAGGUAUUCCAUUGUGUCCCUGACGAUACAGUAACCAAUUGGGAGGAAUACAAGUCAUUCUAUCCUGAUCCCAGCCAAAUCGAUAUUGGUCAUGUCCAUGAUCCUGAAAUGUCCGUUGAGGAAAUCAGAGAUCAAUUGAGCAAUAUUCGUGGCCAUUUGGUUGAAUUCCCUUAUCACUUCUUGGAGGGUGUUGACCUUCAAGGUGAAUCUAUUCCAUUUAUUGGUGAUGAUAUCCAAGAAUUGUAUACUUAA